CGAUCACGUCUGAAUACCAAAGGCGAUCACUGAAGACAAAAGGACUCCCUGCAAGCUGUACUGCCUGACAAUGGUAAGCUCCAACGGCUCCCACUGCCCCUAUGAUGACUCCUUUAAGUACACUUUGUAUGGGUGCAUGUUCAGCAUGGUGUUUGUGCUUGGGCUGAUAUCCAAUUGUGUUGCGAUAUAUAUUUUCAUCUGUGCCCUCAAAGUGAGAAAUGAAACUACAACGUACAUGAUUAACCUGGCAAUGUCAGAUUUGCUUUUCGUCUUUACUUUACCAUUUCGGAUUUUUUACUUUGCAACUCGGAAUUGGCCGUUUGGAGAUCUUCUCUGUAAGAUUUCAGUAAUGCUGUUUUACACCAACAUGUAUGGAAGCAUUCUGUUUUUAACCUGUAUCAGUGUAGAUCGGUUUCUGGCAAUCGUCUACCCAUUUAAGUCGAAGACUUUAAGAACUAAGCGAAACGCAAAGAUUGUUUGCAUUGCUGUGUGGUUCACAGUGAUGGGAGGAAGCGCACCCGCGGUUUUCUUUCAGUCGACCCACUCUCAGGGUAACAAUACCUCAGAAGCCUCCUGCUUUGAGAACUUUCCAGCAGCUACAUGGAAAACCUAUCUCUCCAGGAUUGUGAUUUUCAUAGAAAUAGUGGGGUUUUUUAUCCCCUUAAUUUUGAACGUCACUUGUUCUAGUAUGGUGCUAAGAACUUUAAAUAAACCUGUUACAUUAAGUAGAAGCAAAAUGAACAAAACUAAAGUUUUAAAAAUGAUUUUUGUACACUUGGUCAUAUUCUGCUUCUGCUUUGUGCCCUAUAACAUCAACCUCAUUUUAUACUCUCUCAUGAGAACACAGACCUUUGCUAACUGCUCUGUGGUAGCUGCAGUGAGGACAAUGUACCCAAUCACUCUCUGCAUUGCUGUUUCCAACUGUUGCUUUGACCCCAUUGUUUACUACUUCACUUCAGACACAAUUCAGAACUCAAUAAAAAUGAAAAACUGGUCUGUUAGAAGAAGUGACUCCAGGUUCUCUGAAGUUCAGGGCACCGAGAAUUUUAUUCAACACAACCUACAAACCUUAAAGAGUAAGAUAUUUGAUAGUGAAUCUGCAAUAUAAGCUGCCUGACUAAACCACUGGGACUGCUCCAUGUUCAACUGUGAAAGCUGUGCUCUUGGAAACUAUUUCUCCAGCUCCAAAAGAAUU